AAACUUACAAUUUUAAUCAACAAUCAAAAUGGAUUACGCAAUGGCUCAACCAUCGUCUUCUGCCAUCGACAAUAAAGAUGGAUCUCCUGUUACCAAAGCUUACAUAGAAGAUGUCAUGAAAGAGUAUGAGCAAAAUGAUACUUUUAUGGUGAAAAACAUGAGUAGCGAAAAAGCACUCAGUUUUGGAGACAAUUGUAUUGCUGAAGUAUUCAGGGUUAAAGUUGAUGGAGAGAUGACAAAAGAUGGAAAAGUCGUUGAAAUGUCUAAAUCUGUGAUAGUGAAGAAGCCUUUCAGGGAUGACAAAAAUACACCACCUGAAAUGUUCAAAUUUGAAUCGAAUGUUUAUAAUAAAGUUUUGGAUGCACUUGAAAGUGUAAUCGAAUCAAAAUUACCAGUUAUUCGUUCCAUCAAAGCUGAAGAAAAUGUAGUAGUUACAGAAGAUUUCAAAGAUGGCGGAUGGGCUUUGUCUAAACGUCGUGAAGGAUUAAGUCAAGAACAAGCGGCAAAAGUUAUUAAGUCAUUGGCUAUGUUCCAUGCAGCUUCGAUUGUUUUAUCAAAAUCGGAUGAAAUUCGCUUCAAAAAAUUAUCACAGCAUGUACAAGAUCAAGUUUAUUCCUUAUCUAAUGCUGAACUUUGUAAGAAAACAUUAGCGGAUUCAUAUGCAGUUGCAAAAAAUUUUGCUGAUGAAUAUUUACCAAAGGCGAAUGAAGAAGAAGCAGCUGUUAUUCGAAAAUUCUUUAGUCAAACAUCGGAUGAGAUGUAUAAUCAAGCGAAAAAAGCAACAGAAGAAACACCAGAUUUCGCUCAAGUAUUUGCACAUGGCGAUUGUUGGGCAAAUAAUUUUAUGUUGAAAGAAGAUAACUCUGGAGAUCACGCACUUUUAAUCAACUUAGCAACAGUUUGCCUAGCAAGUCCAGCACGUGAUUUAGUCUACUUAUUCGCUACAAAUCCUCAACCAGUCAAUAAAACAGCAUUAAUUCAAGUAUAUGUAUCGGAACUCCAUAAAAAUUUGAGCGCUCAUAAAAUUCCAAACAACAUUAUCGAACAGUUCAGUGUUGAAUUCAUUGAAUCUGAAGUAAAACGAUUAAAAAUGGUUGCCUUGUUAACAGCAAUGUGGUUAUUGGUACCAAUUAGCUACACAACUUAUCCAACCGUCGAAGAAUACAAUAAACUGGAACGGAAAGAUAAACCACAAUUAGUGGCUCAACACAUUGACAAUGAAUUUUAUUUGCGCCGUUUAAUGGAAGUUCUUCUUGAAAAUGUUUCAUAAAUUGUAAGAUAAAUUUUUUUUUACCAGUCACAAAACCUUGCGUAUUGUAAAUGUGU